AUGAAGAAUUUAAGAAGCUGUUUAUAAUCAGAAUAAGCUUAUAGGGAAACAAAGGAAUAUAAGGAUAAUAUCGAAGAUGAGUAAGUAAAUUAUUAAUGGGCGUAGGGCUACUUUGAAAUAUGUGUUGGAGACCAUUGAAGAGAUAUUUUAUUGUAAAUAAUCAGAGCCUAUAGAGAUGGUUUUAGGGAUGAGAGUAAGUCUGUUAGUAUGAUUUAGCUGAGCAGUUAAUAAAAGAACUAAUGGAUCUUCAUCAUGAGUGUGUAUUGGAUGGAGUCACAAGGAAUGUAGUAUAUUUGAUUGAGGAUAUCAUCAAAGGGGAUUAGAAGAAGAGAGAGAGAGGGAAGUACUAUUUUAGUGAGAAUCCAGGUAGUUUAAUGUAGAAAAUUAGAUUAAUAAUUGAUGGUUUUAGGGAAUACUCUAGUGAGAUUAUCAUUGGAAAGCAUAUUUGUUUGGAAUUUAUGGCAUCCACAUAAUCCAGUGAUCAGUCAAAUGUAUGGAGAGAUCUAUGGCUUAGAUAUUCCAGAUUGAAACAGAAUGGAGUAGAGUUCCCUAAGUUACACUAUUUCAACGCUUAGAAAGUCAAGGAGUACUAUAUGCUUGUCAAAGAGAGUUCAAAGAAUGGAACCUUAUAUAGACAACAGUCUUCGGUUUUGAAUGAAUAAUGUUUCGACUAAUUAAAACAGGCUAUUGAAAGAAGCUAAUUUAAUAAUGGGAAAUUGCAUGAGAUCAAUGAAGAAUUAAAAUGUAAAUACUGGACUAUUUAUAGAGAUCAAAACUGUUAAUGAAAAUCAGAAACUCUUCAUUGAAAGCUUUGACAAAGCCUAUUAAGAUUACCUUAUUAACAAAUAGUUGGAGUAAUUUAAUAAUUAAAUUCAUUCAAUGUAAUUAUGUAUUUGAAUUAAGUUGUUAAGAAUACGAUGAAUUCCAAACUUAUUAGAAUAAAAACAAUCAAUUAUGCAGUUAUUCUACAGAUAAAUAGAGCAAUCACAUCUCCAGAACUGUUAGUGUAAUUUCCCUUUUAUUUAUUGUAGUAUCAAAAUUCUCAACACAAAAAUAAUCAAUCCAUUGAAAAACUACUCCAAGAAAACGACAUCAUCCAAGCUCAAAUCCAAAGUUUUGAAAUACCAAAAGCCUCUACUAAAAAAUAAGAUUAAUAUUAUUGA